CAUACGAGCGGAGUAAAAAGUCUGCUGUGCUGUGCGACCUCGAGAUUCCAAAACAAGCAUUAUUAUUCUUAUUCAGUUUAGUUUAUUGCCAUUUUCGACAAGUGAUUUUCUUAUAGGCAGUACAAAUUACCUCUAGAAAAAUGUCUCUUACAAAAAUCACUACUAAAGAAGAGUAUGAAAACUUCAUCAAAUCUGUUAAUUUAUCUGUUAUACACUUUUAUGCACCAUGGGCUGAACAAUGUACACAAAUGAAUGAAGUUUUUGAACAACUGGCAAAAUUAGAUCUUUAUAAAAAUGUGACAUUUGCCAAUAUAGUAGCUGAAGAUUGUCCUGAAAUUUCACUUGCAUGUGAUGUUACUGCAGUGCCAACCACUUUGCUUUUUAAGGAUAGUAAAAUUGUUGGUAGAAUAAAUGGAGCAAAUCCUGUAGCUGUCAGGGAGCAAAUUUCUAAGCUAUCAACAAAAUCUGAAACUCUUGAUGAAAGGCUUCAAAAAUUAAUUCUAAAAUCUCCUUGCAUGUUGUUCAUGAAAGGAGAUCGUGAUGUUCCCCAGUGUGGCUUUUCAAGAAGUAUAAUUGCACUGCUUGAAGAGCAUGAUGCUGAGUACGAGACAUUUAAUAUUUUAGAAGAUAACGAAGUCAGAGAAGGCUUGAAAAAAUUCAGCAAUUGGCCAACCUAUCCUCAAUUAUAUAUUAAUGGAGAAUUAAUUGGAGGCUUGGAUAUUGUUAGAGAUAUGAGUGAAUCAGGAGAAUUAGAUGACUUACUACCAAAAAAAACAAAAUCAAAUUUGGAAGAUGAUUUGAAGAAAUUAAUAAAUAAAGCACCAUGCAUGUUGUUUAUGAAAGGAAAUGAACAAACACCAAGAUGUGGGUUUUCAAGAACAAUUAUAUCAAUUUUGAAUCAGCAUAAUGCAGAAUAUACAACAUUUGACAUAUUAGAAAAUAACAAUGUCAGAGAAGGUUUGAAAAAAUUCAGUAAUUGGCCAACCUAUCCUCAACUUUAUAUCAAUGGAGAAUUGAUUGGAGGUUUGGAUAUUGUUCGUGAAAUGAGUGAAUCAGGAGAAUUAGAUAGCCUAUUACCAAAAAAACAAAACUAAUGUCUUCUUGAAACAAUUACAAAAUUUGAUAAAAAAGUUCUACAAUA